CCUGCGCGCUGCGUCCUUUCCUCUCUGGCCUGGGACUAGUUUGCGGCAAGAUGGCCAAACGCACCAAGAAGGUCGGGAUCGUGGGCAAAUACGGGACCCGUUACAGUGCCUCCCUCAGGAAAAUGGUGGAGAAAAUUGAAAUCAGCCAACAUGCCAAGUACACUUGCUCCUUCUGUGGCAAAACCAAGAUGAAGAGGCGCGCUGUGGGCAUCUGGCACUGCGGUUCCUGCAUGAAAACAGCAGCUGGUGGAGCCUGGACCUACAACACCACCUCUGCUGUCACAGUCAAGUCCGCCAUCAGAGACUGA